UCUCUGACAGGUACAUCGAUCGCCUUUACCGGUAACACCCCUGGCCAGUCGGAUAAGCAGGAUUCUUCUGUGUACAUCGACGGAGCAGAUACGUAUGUCGCUUCUUACCCGUCGCCGGGAACAUACAUGCAGUGGUAUAUGUUGCCGACGCUGGACGACGGCAAUCAUACUAUCACUCUUACAGAGAUGGAGCAGAUAGACGUGGACUAUGCGAUCAGCGGUCCUAGGUAAAAACAUCCUGGUAGACCAUACCAAUGAAGGCAUCGUCUGGACUGGAGACUGGCAAACAAAUACGGGUACCCUGAUUCAUACCACGAGGACGUACAUCGAGAAUCGCCCGCUUGGGAACUCUACGAAGGACAGUAGCACUGUCGGGGACUCUUUUUCUUUCCAGUUCAGAGGGACGAACGUGUCUGUGUCCGGCGCCCAGAGGCUUUCUAUAAACGGAAGCAUCUCUGCUGAUUUCCGCGUAGAUGGAGGGAAGGCCACUACCUUCACUACAACCAGUACGAGUUCUGGUAAUGACGUAGCCAACGCGAUGUUCUUUUCGUCUUCGAUCCUCGAUUCUGGAACCCACACGCUUAUCGUGAAUAUCACAGCGGUCACUGGUGACCAGUCAUUCAUGCUAGAUUACAUCACCUAUUCCGACCAGGCGUCCAGAGGCAGUAGCUCGUCGUCGUCUUCAAGUAGUAGCGGCUCCUCGGGCACGGAUUCAUCCUCUUCAUCCGGCUCCAGCUCACCUGCAAAAAUGACCGCCUUCGGAGGCAUUGUUGGAGGCGUGAUGGGCGGUGUUGUUGCUUUAUCCCUGAUAAUAGGCACCCUGUUUUGGAGGCGACGAAGAAAACGAACUUAUCAUCUAAUUCGAUAAACUUGUCUGAGCCGGAUAUCGACGCCCCAGACGAAUUCGUUCUUCGCCAGGCCGAAUUGUCUACUCCUACGCCCCCCAUACGCGAAA